CUGUUGGAGGAUUGUUUCUGCAUCCAGCAAGCCGUGCGGGCCUGGUCUGGGUGCUUUUGAGUGCCGCCCCCUGAAAGCGCUCUGUUUGCUCAUGUAAGGUGUGGCCGCCACUGCUGCCGGUAAACGGACCUUCGCCUCCGCUUGCUCCCGAAUCCCCAUUUCACUCCCAAUCCUACUUGCCCUGGUGACCCUGCCAUUCCGUGGCAGUCCUCAGGCUUGUAGCCAAGAAGGCCUGCUUCCCCCAUUUUGACCACACACCCCUUCCCAGGGCACUCAGCUUGGCUUCAACGAGUCAUGGGAAUGCGUUCAGCCCGCUGGAAGUGCAAAAGCAGCCCACGGUUUUUCCUGGUCUGAGGAACUUGGAUUAGCUAAAAAAGGCAGGGUAGGUGUGUGGACAGAAACUGGGCUUUCGGUUGUGGAGAGUCCAGGAGGGCUAUGGCUUCCUUGGAGAAGCGUCCACUUCAGACAUGCUGCCCUGCUUCCCUUCCCCUCCAAAACCUGGAGAAAUCCCGGGCCCGACUGUUGCAACCCAUAAAUACUUCUGCCUCGUGGUUAACCAGUCUGAAACCUCUCAGCACCCAGGGCAGACCGGACUACUCAGUGGUGCCAUAUGCUCCAGGCAUCCAAGGUGGAAGACCGGCCGGCUCCAUCCCUGAGAAGGCUCAGACAGCUCCAUGCCUGGUGGCCGAGGCCAAGACACUGCAGACCUGUCCAGCCUUCCCUGAACCCAGCCCGCUGUGGUUGGAGAAGCCCUUGCUGAAGCAGGCCACCUCUUGCACCCUCACGCUUCGGGGGCUGGAGGACUCCAGAGCUCGCCUGCUGAAGCCUAUUGUCCCCUCCGCUCCCCAGCUGGCUCCCUCAAAGGCGCUGGUUCCACGGCCCCCUUUCCAGAGGGACCACCAGGAAACACUCUGUGGCCAGAUGCCUGCAGGGCUGCCUGCAAGUCCCAGAGCCCAGAAUGACUCUCAUGAACCCUGCAGUGAACUGGAGCGGCCGCCACCAAGACGACAGGAGGAGGAUGAGAUGGAUUCGGCUGGCACGAUGCCGGAGUACAUUCUAACCAUGCCUGAAGACGACCCGAUGGAAGUGCAGCAAGAGGAGAGAGAUCCCUUGAGAGAUGAAUCGCCAGCUGAAAGCAUAGAGCAGAAUGUGGAAAAGAAUAAACUGCAAUUAUUAAACUUGGUCUGCUGCUCGCUGGUAGAAGGGCCAAAGUUUGGGAAGCCUCCGAGUGCGCUGCAAGAAGCACUUGUGCAAACAUGCAAGAGUCUAGCGGAGCACGAUCCGGAAUUCAUCUUAAAGGUUGCCCUGUACACUCGCCAGGAGCUGAACAUCCGCAGUGCGGCCAAUUUCCUGCUGGCCCUCGCCGCCUUCCUCCCGCCCGGCCGGCCACACCUGCGGCGCUACUUCUGCCAUGCCACGCAGCUGCCGUCCGACUGGAUGGAGGUGGCCCGGCUGUACCAGAGCCUAGCGGGAGAAGGAGAAGCUCUGGCUCCCAUGCCUUCCUGCCUCCGUGCCGCCAUGACCGACAAGUUCCGCCAGUUCAGCCCAUACCAGUUGGCCAAGUAUAAUACCCGCAAGAGCCAGGGGAAGAAACGACCACGGCCAAAGACCAGUGAGCAGAAGCCAGACAACCCUCGUUGGAAUGCUUGGAAACAGACAAACCUGGGUCAGGAUGACUGUGUUUUAGAAAAAGUAGAAGCUCUUGAGAAAAUUUAUCGACCGAAGUUGGAUCCGUCGGGGGCCCGUCCAGCAGCCCCCAAAGACCGUUUCUCUCUGAAGGCUUUGAUCCAGCGCCUCCACAUCUCUGAGCCAGCCCAGCAUGUGAUGAGUCUCCUGGGGCAGAGGUAUCCCUCAGAUUUGCGCACUUUCUCCCGAAGCCGCCUCCCAGGCCUCUGGGACCCAAAACUUGCUGGCACGCGCAUGAAACUGCCAAAACCAGUGACUUGGGACCGGGAGCUCAGCCAACGGGGGAACAAAACUGCGGUUUGGGAAGAGUUGAUUGACCGCGGGCAGCUGCCUUUCAUGGCCAUGCUGCGGAACCUGCGCAACAUCCUCCGGUCCGGGGUGAGUGAGAGGCAUCACAGGCGCCUGCUGGAGCGCCUGGAGAACAAGGAGUCCGUGAUCCGCAGUCGACAGCUCCCUUUCCGGUUCCUUGCAGCCUAUAAGAGUAUCUUGGACUUGGAAAAGAACAUGAACGAGAAGGGGACUCCGCUGCCCAGCAACGCUCACAUCAUCGAGAAGAUCCUGGGGAGAUUAAACCCGCCCAGGCGCAUCAGGGCGGCAUGGUUCGGCAAGGUGGGGUGCCGGAGGCUGCUGGAGGUGCCGAUCAUCUUCCGGCUGGUGAAGAUUGAGAAGAAGAAACUGCUGAAAGCCAGAGAGGUGCAGUGUAGCCGGUCCGCUCUGCAGCGCUACCGCCAGGCUUUGGAGACGGCGAUCGGUUUUGCCGUGCGCCACAACGUGCCCCCCAUUCCCGGGCGCACCCUCAUCUUGGUCGCUUUCGAUGAUAUGUACAGGCCUUACGUGCAAACCCGCGAUCUUUGCUGUCCCAGUACAAAUGAGGAAGGCCGCACUGAGUGGAGCAGCGGACUUCUGAAAUCAGACGUGGCCAUGUUGUUGGGCUGCAUGGUGUACUCCGCUUGUGAGCAGGCCGAGUUUUUUCUCUGUGAUAAGCACAACUGGAUGUGGCCCGUGUCCUUGACAGGAUCUGUGUUGCAGGACGUGCAGUACCUAAAAGAUAAGAACCCAGGCUCCCACACCUGUGACCAGGAAUGUGUCAGCGAUAUCAUCAUGGACUUCGUAGUGAGGCGCCAACAUGUGGACACGAUUCUCCUACUGAGCAACGAGCCCUUGGAGAAGCUUCGCGGCUCCUGCGUUAGUCUGUAUCGCCACCGUGUGUCUCCCAACUGCCUCUUCGUCAACGUCUGUGCCAGUGUCACACAGCAGAGGACUUUUGCUUCCAGGAAGGACGUGGUGCUGAGUGGAUUUAAUGAGCAGGUGCUCAGAUUCAUGGCUGAACGUGGCAGCUCCCACUUCCUCGAGCAUGUUGAGAAAAUCGAUGAGAUCUACGGCGUGCCCAGGCAGCAGGGGGCAGUGAUGGCCAAGCCAGAAACAGGGGCUGUAACCCUGACACCUGCCCCCCAAAACAGGUGGCGCUCUGUGAGGGUGUUUGUCUCCUCCACCUUCCGGGACAUGCAUGGUGAGCGCGACCUGCUGAUCCGCUCCGUCUUCCCCGAGCUUCGCUCACGGGCGGCCCAGUUCUGCCUGGCCGUGGAAGACAUCGACCUGCGCUGGGGAAUCACAGAACACGAGAGCCGAAGCAACAAGGAACUUGAACUCUGCUUGUCGGAAGUCACAAAGAGCCAGAUCUUCAUUGGGAUCCUCAGCGAACGUUAUGGUCACAUCCCGAAAGAUUAUGGCUUGCCGGAGGAACCCCAGUAUGAAUGGGUGAAGUCCUAUCCUGCCGGCCGCUCCAUCACGGAGAUGGAGAGCGUUCAGUUCCUGGAGGGUAGCGGAGAGCCCACUGCAGGAUCCCGGGCGUUUUUCUAUUUCCGAGAGCCACAGUUCCUCAGCUCCAUCCCAGACACGUGGAGGGCAGACUUCCUGGCAGAGUCCGAGGAGGCCAAGCGCCGGAUGGUGGACUUGAAGGAGCGUCUUUCGCAGCACGAAGGCCUGGCUUCCCUUGGGAGGUACACGUGUACCUGGGGUGGAGUAGCCCAGGGCCGGCCGUACGUUAAGGGCUUGGAGGAUUUUGGCAACAAGGUCUUGGAGGAUGUGUGGAAAUGCCUCCGACACCACUUCAUUGAAGCUGCUGCUGAGAAAAGCAAGGUGGGUGGCUCCGUGCCCACAGAUGACUCAGAGGAUCAGGAAGAAAAGGCGCUGCAGGAAUCUUUCCAGGAGCUGCAGCACAGGAGGUUCUGUGCCCGGGCAAAGCUUCUCCGGGUCACGGCGGCCCAGCUGCAAGGAGGCCGGCUCUAUGUGGUGAACGGCGAGCCUGGUCAAGGGAAAACCGUCUUCUUGGCGGCCCUCGCCCAGGAACUCAGAACGAAGACCCCACCUCAUGGGGGCGACCCCUCAGCAGGUGUCCACGUCCUGGCCCACUUCACCAGGGCCCGGCCCGAUCAGGCCCAAGCCCAGGUGGUGCUGGGCCACCUUUGUGCCUUGCUGAGGAACCUGGUGCAGCAGCCCCCACCCCUGCCCCGAAGCUACAGAGGGCUGGUCAGCCAGUUCAAGUCCCUCCUGUACGCCGUGGCCCAGACACUGAAGCGACAGCAGUUCCUGGUGGUCCUGAUAGACGGCGCCGACUCUAUCCAUGGACCCAGUGGGCAGCUGGUUUCUGAUUGGAUGCCUGAGCAGCUGCCUCAGCGCGUCAGCCUCGUUCUCAGCGUCUCUGCAGAAUCCGAGCUCCUCGGGUCCCUCAGGAGACGGGCGGAUGCGGUCGCCAUCCCCCUGGGGCCUCUGGACCCCCCUGACCGAGUCGUCCUGGUCCGCAAGGACCUGGCCUUGUACGGCAAAAAGCUGGAGGAGUCUCCUUUCAACAACCAGAUGCGGCUCGUGCUCCUGAAGCGUGGCUCCCGCCAGCCUUUGUAUCUGACUCUGCUGACCCAGGACCUGCGGCUCUUUGCCCUGUAUGAGCAGCUUUCCGAGAGGAUCCAGAAGCUGCCCAUCUCUCUGCCGUUGCUGCUGCAGCACCUGCUGGGGUGCCUGGAGCAGGAUUACGGCCUGGAGCUGGUCGCUGUUGCCUUCAUGGUCCUCUGGGCCAGCAGAGACGGGCUGAUGGAACGAGACCUUCAUGCCAUCCUUGCCACCUGGAAAGAGCUGCGUGGGGCUGGCAUCACCUUGGAGGAAGCCAUGGUUGCCGGGUGCUGCCCUGGAAGCUACCCCAUGGCCUCCUUCCUGGACUUCCUGCGGAGCCUCAAGGGCCUGCUCCUGGCCUGCGGGUCCCCUCUGGAGGCCCCCGGCUCCCGGCUGCAUCUCUGCGGCACCCCGCUGAGGACGGCGGUAGAGCGGCGCUACAGGAAAAAGCCAGGCCUGGAGCGCACAGCACACGUGCUCCUGGCAGCGCACUGGUGGAAGCAGUCGGACGCGUGGGCCUUCCAGCACUGCGAGGCAGAGGCCUUGAGAGAGCUUCCCUAUCACCUGGUCCACAGUGGCCAGUUCAGCAUGCUGGCUUCUUUCCUGACCAACCUGAAGGUCCUGAGCACUCACGUCCGUCUGGGACUCCUCCACUGCCUGUCCGAGGCCUACACACUCUAUGAGGCUGCUGCUGGUUUGGAGCAUGAUGAGGCCGUUGCCAUUUCCCACGCCUUCCUGCAAAGAAACAUCGGGCUGCUUUCCCAGAAUCCUCAGCUGCUUCUGCAGCAGGCGGCCAAUGAACCAGAUUCUUCAGACCUCUGUUCACAGGCUCGGGCUGCCCUCUGUGGGAGUGGGAUCCGUUUCCUGAAGUGGAUCAACAAACCCCAGACAGUCCAGAAGGCCAAGAGCCUUGUCCUGCCACUGCCCGCCACACCUUCCUGCAUCUCGGUGGCCCCGUCAGGGAAGCUGGCCUCCGUGGGCACUGCGGAGGGGACGCUGCACCUCUUGGAUGCGGAGACUGGGCAGGAACUGAAGUCACUGCUGAGCGGCUGUGAUGGCAUCUCGACCUGUGCGUUCUUGUCGGAGACCACUGUCUGUCUCGGGGCCUUCACUGGGCACCUGGAAGUCUGGAGUCUGAAGGAAGGAUGCAGGCUCAUGGGUAAAGAGGCUCACAAGGCCCAGAUCACAGACUGCUCCAUCCUCUUGAAUCGCAGACUACUCGCUACUGUGUCACUGGAUGGCCUUCUCAAGUUCUGGGAAUCUGCCAGCGGUGCGUUGACUCGUGAGCGCGAUUGCUUGUGCCCGCUGAACUGUGUGACCUUUCACCACAAGAGGCCACUGGUGGCUUUUGGAGGGUGGGACAAAACCGUGACCAUCUUGGAUGUGGAUGAUAUGAGGGUGAUCUCGGUUCUGAGAGACCACAGCAGCGCCGUCCGUUCCAUUUCCUUCAAUUCGGCUGGGAACGUUUUGGCUGCCGGAUCCCUGACUGGAUCCGUCAGCCUCUGGUCAUGGCAGGAUGCCGUUGUCUUGGGCACCUUCUCGGCCCACUCGGGCUGUGUCUCCACCGCUCUGUUCCUCCCAGGAGGAAAACUUCUCACCACGGGAGAAGACUGCAAGGUCCAGCUCUGGGUCGGCCACCUGGGGCAGCUCCAGAGCACUUUGGGAUCCAAGGCUCCCUCCCCGGCCACGUGCGCCGUGCCGAGUCUUGAUGGCAGUCGCUUGGCUGUGGGGCGUCACCCGGAUGACGUCCGGAUCUACAGCCACCCUUGGGAGGGGUUUGGCCAGAAGCAGUGCCAAGCUGGCGGGGUGGCUGUUCGCAGCCUGGCCUGGCUGGACAACAUCUUCCUGAUCGGGGGCCGGAACGACGGGUCCCUGUGUGUGUGGGACACCUCGCAGCAUCGUCCCCCCUGCCUCCGUGAAGUGCCUGGCCACGAAGGAGCAGUGACCGGCCUCGCCGUCUCCCAGAGGCUGGUGGCCUCGGUCUCAGAGGAUUUCACGGUCCGGUUGUGGCUUCCGCAGACGCUGCGGCCAGGCCCUGCCCUGAGUGCGAGCGACGAGCCCCUCGCGGUGCUCCGCGGUCACAAGGCCGGGCUGCUCUGCUGCGCCUUCAGCCUCGAUGGGUGCCACCUUGCCACCGGAGGCAAAGACAAGGACUUGCUGCUUUGGGAUGUCAGGAACCCGUCCCAGAACGCUCCCUCCCUCAUGCGUUCCCUGCGUUACUGCCACAGGGACUGGAUCGCCGACUGUGCCUGGGCUGGCCCGCUGGUGCUCUCUGCCUCCAACGAUGCGACUGUUUGUCUCUGGGACCCCAGCACUGGCCAGCGGUUGCAGGAAUUCCUGGGCCAUCAACGCCCAGUCUGCAGCGUCAUCGUGGCGAAGGCGCACGUGAUCGCCAUGGCCAGAGAUGGGAUGCUGGCGAUGUGGGACCUACAGGGAAUCGAGAAGACCCGGUUCUUGGCUCACCCUGGUGGGGCCACUUACUGUGCAGGCUUCCAAGACCCACGGCAGAAAGAAUUUCUGUUGGCGGUGUGUGGGGGUGAUGGCACAGUGAAACUUUGGAUGCCCCUGAUGAUGGAGCAGCCCCAGGUCCUUCCCGGCCACUGCGGUGCCGUCCGUGGGGCUGCCGCUUUGCCAACGUCGUUCCUUACCGUAUCCGAAGACAAGACGGUCCGAGUGUGGCCCCUUCCCAAGGAGGAGGCGGAGGCAGGCGACACAGAAUACCUUCCUCCUCAUGGCGGGGCCGUCACAGCUUUGGCCUGGUCUCCAGACGGGGAAUUUGCGGCAUCUGGUGGGAAGUAUGGAGACCUCCUGCUCUGGAACAAAGCCAGGGCCAAGGUUGGCUCCCACUGCAUCAACGCCUUGGUCUUCACUUCCCCCCGCACGAUCCUCGUUGCAUCUGAUGUGCUCAGCUUCUGGGAGAUAAAACAUGGUGGACCACUUGGUGCACCAGUCAGUCUGGCACACAAGAAAGCGCUCCGCCUUCCAGAAGACAUGUUGGUCGUCUGCAUGGGGGCUUCCCGGCCUCCCGCCACUGUGCUCCUCGGACUCGAAAAGGGGGACUUGCUGGUGCUGAAGCCGGGAGCAGAGGACUUCCAGACCACCGAAAACAGCUAUCAGCACUGGAGUACCUGGAGCAACGCCAGCUUCAACAUAACGGCCUCCGAUGAGGAAGAGGGCAGCUUUUUUGUCUGGGACUCCAUGGACCAGCCUUCCUUGUUCAAGAUGAUGGUGACCAAGUCUGGGAAGUUGGAUGAAAGCCAGGAGACCACUGAGGACAUUGGCUGGCUCCCUAACAAGCAUUUCAGCCAGGUCACAGUUGCUCGGGUGGUCAAAGGGAAGUCUCUGUUCUGUGCGGACUCCGAGGGGUUUCUCUGGACACAGAGCAAGCCGGAUGAGGAGGGCAGCCAUUGGUGUGAGCCCGAUGCCUGGCAGAGCCGGAAGCUUCACAGUGGCAGAAUCACAGCUAUGCACAUUCUUGGAGACAGGAUUGUCACGGCCUCCCAUGAUCAGGAUGUGAAGAUUUGGGAUGGCAACACCAUGAAACUCCUGGGGCAGUUCCGGUGCCGCGCUCCAGUUUCGUGCCUGGAGCCGCGCCCUUCGUCCGACUCCUCACUCCUGCUCGCUGUGGGUGACACGCUGGGCCACGUCUACUUCCUGGAGUGGGACCAUCUUGCCAGUUAAGCCACCAUUGAACGGAGCCUGUACAGCUGCUACUGACUCGGUGGAGGAUUCCAGACUCAGAAAUGGAAGAUAUUCUCUCACCCUAAUGAUCUCGGUUGACUUGGAGAUGGUUCCCGUGUCGCAGCCUGCAGCUGCCCAGACUCUGAGCUGCAGGGCCUCACAUGAGCCAGACAAUCUUGUUGAAUAAACUGAGCUGAUCCCCA